CGCAACGACUUCGCGACAUACCAUUUCCAUUUCCAUCGACUUGAAUCAGCGCCCAGCAUCGGAAUCGAGCGCUUCUAUAUCUGCGGUCUCUCGUUGCGUCUAGGAACUGGAGGGGAACAUACGCUGGUGGAUAGUGAACUCAGGGCUGCGGUGGUUCAGUCUUUUGCUUUGUGGUGGAGGAACCAACAAUCUCAGAUCAUCAUUCUCAUUGCACACGCAGUACUACUGCUCUGCGAUCCUGUACAUCUUUUUCUUUCUCUCAGAGCUUGUCGUGUCACCAGGGUUAUCUCCAGUGAUUGCAAUCAGAUUUGAUUUGAACUCGUUCUCUUGAACGGAAAAAGAAGAAGAAGAAGACUGAUCUCUGCAUCGGUCGCAAUCAAUCAUUUGUUCCCCCUUCACUCCCCUUUCGAUAGCUGAGCACUUUCUUGCGUCCCUUAAGUGCAUCGAAGUAGCUUUUCUGCUUCUUCUACAGUCUCGUCUCCGAAACACAUUCACCAGUUCGACUUACCUCUCGACUUGACACGAUGUCGUCCUCAGUGUUUUUCAAGUUCAAGUCCCAAAAAGAACCCCAGCAGAUCAAGUUCGAUGGUACUGGUAUCUCGGUCUUUGAGCUCAAGCGUGAAAUUAUUAUCACCAGCCGUUUAGGUGAUGGUACAGACUUCGACUUGGACAUAUUCGAUGAAGACGCCAAAGAAAAGUACGAUGACGAUACUGCAAUAAUCCCCCGUUCCACAUUGGUUACUGCGCGCCGAGCUCCCGCUGCGAAGAAAGGGGCUGGAAGAGCCGCAAGAUACGUGACAGGUAAAAUGCCCGUAAAUGCGAAGAACUCAUCUCGCAAGGAACAAGGAAAGCAAUCUACCAAGUCAAGCACAACAAGCAAUGCUAUUGCCCAGAUGAACAACGCCUCCAUGACCGAAGAGCAGCGGAUGGCGGCCAUGUUCCAGGCUCAGAGCGAGCAGUGGAACGAUCAAUUACAGGAAAUGGGAAAACAAACCAAAGUUUUCCAUCACAAUACCCAUAAGAAGACCUCCGAGAACGAGCCACCUCCAGGAUAUGUCUGCUACCGUUGUGGCGAAAAGGGGCAUUGGAUUAAGGAGUGUCCUACGAACGACGACCCUAAUUACGAGAACAAACCCCGGAUCAAGCGUACUACCGGUAUCCCAAGAUCGUUUUUGAAGACGGUCGACAAGCCGGUGUUAACUGGUGAUGGGGAGGAUGCGAAGCCACCUUCUGGUAUCAUGGUAAACGCGGAGGGCCAAUUUGUCAUUGCAGAGCCAGAUAAGGCAUCAUGGGAACAAUUUCAGGCGAAGACCAAGUCAUCUGCUGCCGCGCAAAAGGCUGCUGCGUUAGGAGACAAGGAGUUGCAGGAUAGGGGAUUGGAGUGUUCGAUCGACAAGAGAAUAUUCAUAGACCCAAUGAAGACGCCGUGUUGUGAGAAGACAUUCUGCAAUGAAUGUAUUACUAAUGCGCUCAUCGAGAGCGACUUCACUUGUCCUGGCUGCCAGACUGAAGGAGUGUUGAUUGAUGAUCUUAAGCCUGAUACCGAGACAUCUGCAAAGAUUAAGGUCUACUUGGAAGAGAAAAACAGCGCCGCCAAAGUCGAGAAACAACGCUCAAAGAGUCCAAGCGUGAAACUCGAAGCCGAACCCGAAGCCAAGACAAAGUCAAAGUCACCAAGUCCCAAUCCCAGUACCAAAGACAAGUCGAAGUCACCACCAACAUCGACCUCUACCCUCAGCCUUAAUCCGGCACCUGUAAAGUCUGAAAACUCUAAGAAACGCCCAGCCGACGAGCUACUGGAAAAUCCAAAGAUUCCCAAAGGACCGAAAGCAAUGCAGCAACAGGAAGCACAGAAGCAAGCCAUGCAGCAGCAGCAACAACAACAACAACAGAUGAUGAACGGAAUGAAUGGCUUCCCCAACAUGCCCUUCAUGCCACCAAACUUCUAUAACGGCAUGCCAAACAUGAUGAAUAGCUAUGGUAUGGGUAUGCAGAAUCCUAUGAUGAUGAACCCCAUGAUGAACAUGAAUGGCAUGAAUGGCAUGAACGGCAUGAACGGCAUGAACGGUAUGAAUGGCAUGAAUGGGUUCGGUGGGUUUCCAAACAUGUAUGGUGGUGGCUACCCUAACAUGGGCAACAACAUGGGUAACAACAUGGGCAAUAUAGGCAUGAUGAACGGCGCUGGUCAUAUGGGUAAUGGAACCCAAGCUAAUGGAGCCGGUCCUGGUAUCGGAGGAAACAAUGGUCCUGCAGUCGCUAACGGAGCCGCUGUACAAGCUGGCCAAUUUCCAAAUCAGCAAAAAACCAUCUUUUCAGAACCGCUACCCAAUGAAGAGGACAAUGCAUACUUUCGCAAACCGGUCAACCCACAUCGUCAUAAUGGUCGCCAACGUAGAGCUAGACCUAGUGAUUACCGCGAGCUGUAGUUGAGAUCACCUCCUACCUUUACGUGACCACAAUAGGCCGGCGUUACUUCCCAUUUUUGUAUAAUGCAUUCAACUCUUCGCUUCUCACCAACACUUCUUAAUGUAUCUCCCUCACGAGGUUGAGAUACAUGGUACAUACAUUCACAUAAAACAAUACAUACACUACCCGGCAGGCAUAUUUUUGGACAACAUAUCGACAUGGCACAAGGCGUUUACGGAGGAGAGUUUGUGGUUUUGGUCUGGGUUCUUGGCAUUUUGUGCAACAGGGAGCAGUUCUCGGUCCCCGGUUCAUGGUGUUGGAGGGAACUUCGCCGUGUACUGGAAAACUGGCAUGAUGGGAUUUCUCAUCACUCGCAUGCAUUCGGAGGGAUAUCAUAGCAAGGUCAUUGGCGCAUGCAUGGAUAUGAAGAGUCAAUUUUCUUUUGUUUUGAUGGCCGGCUCUCUUUUGCCUGGCUACAUUGCGCUGGGAAGGAAGGAUUGGAGACGGGAUUACUAGGGCGCAGAUACGUCAACAACAGUAUAAGACUCGCUAGGCUAGAUAGGCAGCGAAUCGUUACAUACUUCUAAAUUCUUACACUCUCUGAUAGCGUGACAUUGAACGAGACUACUUUUUCCUGAUGACUUGAUGGGACAGAGCUGCCUAAAUUGUCUCAAGUGAGACCAAGAAGUUCAAGGAGCUCAUGCAUCCUCCCGAUAAUGUCGACUUGCUUUCCAUCCACCAUCUUGCUCCCCUUCUCCACCCCAUCCUCGUACAAUACUGCUUUGAAUCCAACCCCCAAUGCCCCCUUGACAUCAGCCUCAACAUCAUCACCCACCAUCCACACUUCUGCCUCUUCUUCCACUCCCUCAUCACCGUCUCUCAUACCACUACUACCACCUAUUAUCUCAACUGCCCUCUCAAAAAUCCUCCUAUCAGGCUUACAAACCCCCACCUCCUCCGACGUAAUCAAACAAUCCACCAACUCCCUCACACCAAUAACCCGCGCCUUCUCCUCUUGCUCCUCAGCCUGUCCAUUCGUCACUAUCCCUACUUUCCAUCCCAUCUUUCUCAACCUCUUCAAGACAUCCCAACUCCCGUCGGUAGCGACACGAUUAACACGAUAUGCCUCCUUGUACACAUCCCUGAAUUCUUGAACUUGUUCCGAGGAUGGAGCGGGAAGGUCUAAAGCGUUGUAGAAGAGUUUAAUUUUCAGAGCGUGGGUUUCUGGGAAUGUGAUUUGGUGGGUGAGGUACUGGUUGUAGGUUGUUUGGAGGGAGGCGUUGUAGGUUUUUCGGAGGUGAAGGAGGGGGAUGGUGG